UGGGAGCCUGGGCAAUACAAUUGUGUGCUCACUGGGCGAAGAGGCUGACUUAGGGUGGGGAAAGGAGGGAGCCAGGCUGGACCCCUCCCCGCAGCUCUCCUCACAGUUGCCCCCUAGUCCCGGCGCAGUGCUGCUGCCCUGAGGACUGGCCUAUCCUUGGCCAAUCCGCUGUGUCCUUAUUGCCUGUUGGGCCCCUAGUGCGAGUCAGUCCCGCCAGAGACCCUUGACGGGCCUCCUGUUUUACUCCGAGCUCUGGCCUCAUGAGGCGAGAGAUGCGGCUAUGGCUCCGUGCGUAGGGACUUGGGUCGGGUGGGCUGGGCUGGGCGGAGCGGUGUGAGAACCAGAACGGCCCAGUGCGCUAACCUGAGGUGUUGCCAGCCAUUCUGCUCGUCCCCUUGCACUUCUCCAUUUCCCCUUAAUCUCUAAGUGUGACCUUCGAACCCUGGUCAGAGUAAUGGUGAGGGGCAGGCGUGACGUUAUUGCAUUACACGGCUUCUCGGCAUUCCACAGGUUUCCCUCCGCCUCCUGAGGGCCUUUCCUAACCCAGAGUGGAUUCCUAGCUCCAGAAAAUGGGCUUGGAGCGGGGGCCACGUUGAGGAAGGCGAAGGGCAUUGUGGGGGCGUUAUGUAAAAGUAGGACCCCAACCGACAGAUCCUAGCGCUCGCGCCACCUGGGCGCGCGGAGCUCUGCUCGUUUACCGUUGGAAAAGUUCCAGCGCGGGAAACUGAACCCGGAGCUUUGCGCACGCUUGAGCCAUCAAGUAAUGUGGGUGGUGGCUUUUGUUGUUGUUGUCGCCACGCAUGCGUCUCCGUGCCGUGUGGCUAUUUGAUUGUGUCAACUCUGCUGACCAGAAUAGCGCCAUUUUGCGGUACGGAAGCUACACAGCAACACGUAUAAGAGCCUCUCCCCGAGAUCUUCUAGGGAGUGACCCGUCUAUUUUUGUUUGGGAAGAGGAAACUCCGAAAUGGGGUCGCGGAAGACUUAAAGGGCCAGGCUUGAUUUUUUUUUCCCUACUGCAGGUCCCUGAGGCUCUGGUUGCUACAGAGUCACCAGGAGCUUGGCUUGCUUGUCUCAUCCUUCCCUUGCCUGGUAUCAUUUUCUCAGUUCUCCCAAAAGCCAUGUCCCGGCCCUUCCUCAUCACCUUCACCCCAGCCACUGACCCCAGCGACCUCUGGAAGGAUGGGCAGCAGCAGCCACAGCCUGAGGAGCCAGAGUCCACCCUGGAUGGAGCUGCAGCCCGAGCUUUCUAUGAGGCCCUUAUUGGGGAUGAGAGCAGCGUUCCUGACUCCCAGAGAUCUCAGACUGAACCUGCCAGAGAAAGAAAGAGAAAGAAAAGAAGAAUAAUGGGGGCAGCUGCAGCAGGAGCAGUGGCAGAAGGAGUAUCAGGAAGAUAUGGACAAGGGAGAUCCCUUGAGGCUGCAGAUAAGAUGACUCACCGGAUACUGAGGGCAGCCCAGGAGGGGGACCUGGCAGAACUUAGGAGACUGCUGGAGCCCCAUGAGGCAGGAGGAGCUGGGGGGAAUAUCAAUGCUCGGGAUGCCUUCUGGUGGACCCCACUGAUGUGCGCUGCUCGAGCAGGCCAGGGGGCAGCUGUGAGCUAUCUCCUGGGCCGCGGGGCUGCCUGGGUGGGGGUCUGUGAGCUGGGUGGCAGGGAUGCGGCUCAGCUCGCUGAAGAAGCUGGCUUUCCUGAGGUGGCCCGCAUGGUCAGGGAGAGCCAUGGAGAGACAAGGAGCCCAGAGAACCGGUCUCCCACUCCCUCCCUCCAGUACUGCGAGACCUGUGACACCCACUUCCAAGAUUCCAACCACCGCACAUCCACUGCUCACCUGCUGUCACUGUCCCAGGGUCCUCAGCCUUCCAACCUUCCACUUGGGGUGCCCAUCUCCAGCCCGGGCUUCAAACUCCUACUGAGGGGGGGCUGGGAGCCAGGAAUGGGACUGGGACCCCGAGGUGAGGGCCGUGCCAACCCCAUCCCCACUGUCCUCAAGAGGGACCAGGAAGGACUAGGCUACAGAUCAGCACCCCAGCCCCGAGUAACACAUUUCCCAGCUUGGGAUACCCGAGCUGUGGCUGGGAGGGAGAGAGCCCCUCGGGUGGCCACGCUGACCCGGAAGGAGGAGAGAAGGAGGGAGGAGAAAGACAGGGCUUGGGAGCGGGAUCUAAGGACUUACAUGAACCUUGAGUUCUGACUUGGUAAAGUCUGACCCCGGUCUGCUGCUGAAGUCUGAACUUGGGCCUCUGACCUGGGCCCUUUGACUUCCCCUUCCUGGGAUCUGCCCAGGGGCAGAUCCUCAGUUUUUGGUCAGUGGACUCUGUCUUUGUGAGAGACGGGCUGAGAGUGAUAAAUAAAUCAACCUUUUGUGGUUUA